CGCUGGCGUGUCAACCAAGCGAUGCCAAGACGGGGGCCGUCGCCCAUGAAGUGGUGGCCUGUCCUGUGCGGGAUCGUCGCCAACGUCCGCGCCAGCAUUGUCGACUGCAAUGGCACCAUGUGUACGUGCUCUGGCGCAUUCAUUUGCACGUUCGAUACGGCAGCGUCCGUGUGCCACUGCUCUUUCCCGCAAGCCAUCACAAUCGGGCUCGUCGUGGCCGUGCUUGUGCUGGGAGCCGUCUGGUACAUCCGGUCAUACAAGCUUCGACAGCGCAAGGACAUUCUGCGCAAAGCCAAAAGCACAGCCAAGAUGGUCCAGAUCGGCCAAGCGGCGAGGCAGUCGCAGCCCGCGAUCAAUCCCGCGUCCAAGUGGCAUACCGUCGGCCCUCCGCCUCCAAAUCUCAACAGCAUUGCGCCUCAGUAACUAACCAUCCAUUUCUACAUGUGCCUCCG